AUGGCUGCACCAAGUUCAAGCUUUUUCUCUCGAGAUUCCACACUAUUCAGUGUGGGCGUGCCCCAAACUUUUAAUCGCAAGGGAUCAAGGUUGAUUGUUAGAGCUGAUGCAGAUUAUUAUUCUGUCCUUGGGGUUUCAAAAAAUGCUAGUAAAUCUGAAAUUAAGAGCGCAAUAUCAAAGCUCUUUGCUUUUGACAUUUCAGCUUAUAGGAAGCUUGCCCGGAAUUAUCAUCCGGAUGUCAACAAAGAACCUGGAGCUGAACAAAAGUUUAAGGAAAUUAGCAAUGCAUAUGAGGUGUUAUCAGAUGAUGAGAAACGAUCAAUAUAUGACAGAUUUGGAGAGGCUGGGCUUAAAGGUUCUGGAAUGGGGAUGGGGGAUUUUAGUAAUCCAUUUGAUCUGUUCGAAUCACUGUUUGAGGGCAUGAAUCGCGGUUCAGGUUCCAGAGGUUCUUGGAAUGGAGCAAUUGACGGUGAAGAUGAGUAUUACAGUCUUGUUUUGAACUUUAAAGAAGCGGUUUUUGGCAUAGAAAAAGAGAUAGAGAUAAGUCGAUUAGAGAGCUGUGGAACUUGCAAUGGUUCAGGGGCUAAACCAGGGACAACACCAACCAGAUGUAGCACUUGUGGAGGUCAAGGUCGGGUUGUCUCUUCAACAAGAACUCCAUUAGGUAUCUUCCAGCAAUCAAUGACCUGUUCAUCAUGCAACGGGACUGGAGAAAUUUCAACACCUUGCAAUACAUGUUCUGGGGAUGGUCGGGUGAGGAAAUCGAAGCGGAUAAGUCUGAAGGUCCCAGCUGGUGUGGACUCUGGUAGUCGUCUAAGGGUCCGAAAUGAGGGGAAUGCUGGAAGGAGAGGUGGUUCCCCUGGGGACCUCUUUGUUGUCAUCGAGGUUAUCCCAGAUCCUGUCCUUAAACGAGACGACACCAACAUUUUAUACACCUGCAAGGUUUCGUAUAUUGAUGCAAUCCUGGGGACUACAACAAAGGUUCCUACUGUGGACGGAAUUGUGGAUUUAAAAAUUCCUGCUGGGACACAACCGAACACAACACUUGUUAUGGCUAAGAAAGGUGUUCCCUUCCUCAAUAAAAACAAUAUGAGAGGUGAUCAGUUGGUUCGUGUGCAAGUUGAAAUCCCAAAAAGACUCAGCAAUGAUGAGAGAAAGCUUAUUGAGGAACUUGCAGAUUUAAGCAAAGGCAAGACUACCACCGGUAGGAGAUAG